ACUCGUUUCCAGGCGGAGGGAUAGGGUGCGGGUGGCGCUGCGACCCUGCCUGGCUCCGCGCGGGUCGGGGGAGGGGCGGGCGGCUCCGGACCUGCCGCCAUGGACGAGGCCUACGACGUGAUCGUGCUGGGCACCGGACUGAGCGAAUGCAUCCUGUCGGGGAUCAUGUCGGUGAACGGGAAGAAGGUUCUGCACAUGGACCGGAACCCCUACUAUGGCGGGGAGAGCUCCUCCAUCACCCCCCUGGAGGAGCUGUAUAAACGCUUCGGGCUCCCCGAGGGGCCCCCUGAGUCCAUGGGGCGCGGCCGGGACUGGAACGUCGACCUGAUCCCCAAAUUCCUCAUGGCCAACGGCCAGCUGGUGAAGAUGCUGCUGUACACGGAGGUGACUCGGUACCUGGACUUCAAGGUGGUGGAGGGGAGCUUCGUCUACAGGGGGGGGCAGGUACACAAGGUGCCCUCCACCGAGACCGAGGCCCUGGCGUCCAAUCUCAUGGGAACGUUCGAGAAGCGCCAGUUCUGGAAGUUCCUCGUCUUCGUGGCCAAUUUUGACGAGAACGAGCCCCAGACGCUGGAGGGGGUCGACCCCCAUGGGACCCCCAUGCGGGACGUGUACGAGCACUUCGAGCUGGGGCAGGACGUGAUGGACUUCACGGGCCACGCGCUGGCCCUGCACCGCACCGACGAUUACCUGGACCAGCCCUGCCUAGAGACCAUUAACCGAAUCAAACUGUACAGCGCGUCACUCGCUCGCUAUGGGAAGAGCCCCUACCUCUACCCGCUCUAUGGGCUGGGGGAGCUGCCCCAGGGGUUCGCCAGGCUCAGCGCGAUUUAUGGAGGCACCUACAUGCUGAACAAGCCCGUGGACGAGAUUGUCAUGGAGAACGGGCGGGUCGUGGGGGUCAGAUCGGAGGGGGAGGUGGCGCGGUGCAAACAGCUGAUCUGCGACCCCAGCUACGUGCCCGAGCGAGUUCGCGGGGCCGGCCGCGUCGUCCGUGUCAUCUGCAUCCUGAGCCACCCGAUCCGUGGGACCAGCGAGGCCGGCUCCUGCCAGAUCAUCCUGCCCCAGAACCAGCUGGGCCGCAAGUCGGAUAUCUACGUCUGUCUGGUUUCCUGGGCCCACAACGUGGCUGCGCCCAGGAAGUUCAUUGCCAUUGUCAGCACCACGGUGGAGACGUCGGAGCCGGAGCGGGAGGUGGAGCCGGCACUGCAGCUUCUGGAGCCCAUCGACCAGAAGUUUGUGGCCAUCAGUGACUUGUACGAGCCCAUGGAUGAUGGCACAGAAAGCCAGAUUUUCUGCUCCCGGUCGUAUGACGCCACCACCCACUUCGAGACGACCUGUGACGACAUCAAGGACAUUUACCGGCGCAUGGUCGGCGCCGCCUUCGACUUUGAGAGCAUGAAACGGCACCAGAGCCACGUCUUCGGGGAGGAUGAGCAGUGACAC